CAUCCUUCCUUUUUGCCUCGUCCUCCCGCCGCCGCUUAGCUCGCGCGGUCGCUUGUCGCCGCCCUCCAUCCACGAGCUCUCGCGGGCAGGUGGGCGGGCGUGAGGCGAGGCGAUGCUCGCGUGGAAGGAGAAGGUGGCGGAACGCCUUUCCCGCCUCAUCGCCGACUCCCCCGUCUCCCCUUCCCCGGGCCCCGCCGCCGUCCAGCCGCCGCUGGCAACAUCUCUCCCAGCAGAACAUUUUACUUCCCCCAAGAAGUCAUCCUUAUCUUCUUAUGUAUUGUCCCUUCUACCAACCUCAAACUCAGGGCCUGAGCAGAAUUCACCUUGUUCAGGGACUUUGAGACCAUUACCUCCUGAGUCACUUCCUAAGAGAUGGAGAGGGAGUGAAUUCACAUGGCAAGAUCUGCCGCAGGAAUUGAGUGAGGAGUCUGGUUCUGAAAGUGAGAGAGAUGAAAGGAAUGGGGAUUUUAGUAAGAACCAGGUCCAUCAGUCAUACAGAUCCGUGGGAAACUCGAAUGGAAAUGAGGAAACAUCGACUUCAGACUGUGCAGGCGCUCUUCAUUAUCUAACUGAAAAGUCUAUGUUUGUAUCUCCAAAACUGUUUGCCUUCUUUGAUUCUUCUCUCCCUGGGACCUUAAAGGGGUGCCACUGGGUAUUGCUAUAUAGCACCUGGAAGCAUGGGAUAUCUCUAAGAACACUUCUUCGUAGAACUGAGAAUAUUCAGGGUCCAUGCCUAUUGAUUGUUGGAGAUAUGAAAGGGGCUGUGUUUGGUGGCUUAUUGAACAGUCCUUUGCGGCCUACAGAGAAAAGGAAAUACCAGGGAACAAACCAGACAUUUGUGUUCACAACGAUACAUGGUGAACCUAGACUUUUCAGACCAACUGGUGCAAACAGAUUCUACUAUUUGUGCUUGAAUGAUGCUUUGGCAUUUGGAGGUGGUGGAAGCUUCGCAUUGUGUGUUGAUGAAGAUUUGUUACAUGGAAGCAGUGGAUCAUGCGAUACAUUUGGAAACUCAUGCUUGGCAUAUACUCCAGAGUUUGAACUAAAGAAUGUUGAGCUGUGGGGGUUCACGCAUUCGUGGAGCCGUUCGAAGUAGCUGAUGCUGCUAGUUGUGUCCCCAUACGGCCCUCAGCUGUGGUCGAUCCAGUGUAUACUUGUCUACAAAAAAAGAGAAAGAAAGAACGAGACAGUUUACUUGUUUAGCUGAUGCUAGUUGCCCCCACACGACCGUCAGCUGUGGUUAAACCAGUCUACUAUAAAAAAGGAAGAAAAAAAAGAAAGAAAGAUACAGUGUAGUACUUGUUCGUCGUGAUGGCAGUAUUCUUCCCCACAUUAAUAUCGUUUCGUUUCUUUUUGUC